AUGGAUCUCGAAGAGACGAUCAAGGCCAUCAAGCCCCUGAAGGGAGAAGUGGUCCCGAUCAGAACCAUCCAAGAGACCCGGCCACCUGAGGAUUUCACCGAUGCCUACGUCGCAGAGGUCAAUGUUAAAGCCGCUUCUAAAGUGAUUAAGGCUAUCGACGCAGCCUUCCCUCGCGAUACCACUCUCCCUGCCAUGUCGCAUCUGCGCCGAUUUUCGAAACGGACCAUGCUUCCAGAACAUCUGGCCGCAGCCAUUGAAGCUGACGGCUCAGCUCCUGCGAACAACGGCCAGACAAUCUUCGUCGUGAUACCACCUCCGUUGCCGGAAGUCGAGACCCUGCAGGCCCUACUUGCUCCCUUCGCGCCUCUACCUCGCCGUCGCAGCUCGGCUACACCUCCCGCCAACUCUCCUCGCCCAUCUUCCCCCAUCUCAGCCCCAGGCUCUCCGGAACCCCAGCCUCCCAAAAUCCGCAACAAUGUGGCCAGUGGUCUUCAACCCCGCCGCACCCCGCUCCACUGUCGCACCCCCCCUCAAAUCCUCAAUCGCGCUCUGGACUCCAUCAAGCCCCGCGCAGGAUACUACCUCUCCCUGGCGCGCAAGGUCGCCGAAGAAUCGAAGCAAUCCGGCCGUGGUCGUGGGGUCGGCGCUGUCAUCGUUGACCCCACUAUCGAGGACGAGAUCGAAAUCCAGGCCUGGGAAGACUGUACUGAUCCCAAUGAGCACUGGAUGGAUGCCGUUCUUUCUGUCGGCGGCGAUGUUCGAUAUGCACGCUCGGAGGCCGGUGCGGCAUCCCAGGCAGACAAGCACCCCGGUGUGGCCCCGAACCCUGCGUGCACGAAGUAUGACGCUGACAUUGAGGGCGGACCCGAUCUGCAUGCCCUGAUGCGUGCGACUGAGCUAGUUGCUCGCCGCCGACGUGAGGAUGGCGACCACCUUGCUCAGUAUGGAGACUCGGCCCUCCCCGUCGUUGCAUCGGACCCCCAGUUGUCCAACAAGCUUAGCCCGCUCGAAUCAUACUUCCUGUACGAAAUCAGCGGCCAUACUACAGCCACCGAACAUGAUCACACUAUCGCUCCUCCCUUGUCGCUUAAGAAGCGCAAGCACGAAGAGCCCAACCCAGAGUCCUCGACAUCUUUCUGGGCUGUUACCCCCGAAGCAACCACCCCAGUCCCAGUCGACCAAUGGGCUGACCCCAAACCAGUCAUCCCACUUGUUCCCCACAAGCCAGUCAACGGCUGGCCCAGUACCGCCCCAGUUGGUGCAUCGACUGCCACUGAACCAGUCGACCUAUGGAAUACCACCACCCCAGCCGUCCCAAAGACUACCCCCCUCCCACCCUCCUCUACAGCCCCAGGUGCUCCCGGCAUCCCAGCCCCGACCACUGCCCACGCAAACUCAUCCCCAUCCAACUCUGGAACCACAAGCCCACCCCAAACCUCCCGGAUCCGCACCCGCUCCCAGGGCGGAUACCUCUGCACCGACUUGGACAUCUACGUCUCCCACGAGCCAUGCCUGUGCUGCUCAAUGGGCAUGCUCCUUUCGCGCUUCCGCGCGGUGAUCUUCCCUCGAGCCGGACGUAUGCCUAGUGGUGGCAUUGCCUCGGAGCCUGUCGUUAAACCCACCCCCAUGGAUUACGACUCUGGUUGGGGUGCUGAGGAAAAGAUUGAUGAGGAGCCUAAGGAGGCCGCGAAGACUGAGGAUAGAUUGUACUACGGUCUGCACUGGCGCAAGGAGCUCAACUGGCGCGCGCUCGGAUUCGAGUUUGUGGAGGAUGAUGAAAAGGAGGAUGAGGGUGCUGUUUCGGGCUUGAAUGACGAUGAUGAGAACUUGAACUUCCAUGCAUAG